AUGUCGAUAGCGAAUCCGACCCAACGAAACAGCACUUUUCAAUCUCAGCCGCCGCAUCAUUACAACAAACCACCACUCAUCAUAAUCCUAACUGUGAUCCUCAUCGUCGUCUUCUUCAUCGGUUUCUUCGCUCUCUAUUUCUGCAAAUGUUUCUUCCACAGCCUCACACAAGCUUGGGAUCGCCAUUACCGCAACGGAUCACCCGGAAAUGAAAACCAAACACAACAAGAAAACGCCGUUCCACCACUGGUUAACCCCGGUUUAGAGCCACAUAUCAUCCAAUCCUUCCCGUUGUUUCCAUUCUCCUCAGUCAAAGAUCUCCGAGAAGAUAAACACGGACUCGAAUGCGCCAUUUGUCUUCUCGAAUUCGAAGAAGAACACAUCCUUCUCAGGCUGUUAACGACUUGUUACCAUGUCUUUCAUCAAGAAUGCAUCGACCGAUGGCUAGAAUCUAACAAAACAUGCCCUGUUUGUCGCCGGAAUCUAGAUCCAAACGCGCCGGAAAAUAUCAAAGAGUUGAUCAUCGAAGUCAUACACGAAAACAGAGACGAGAACCGCGAUCAGACGACGGCGACAACAUCAUCGAACGAGGCUAUGUUGUCGAGACAGAGUAGUAGUGGUGGUAACAACGAGAGAAAGAUUGAAUCUUUACCGGAUAAAUUCUCGAGAUCGAAGACGACGGGUCAUUCGAUAGUGAGGAAUAAACCGGAGGAAGAAGAUCGGUAUACUUUGAGAUUACCGGAUCAUGUUAAGAUUAAGGUUACGAGAAGACAUAAUAAUAACCAAACAGAGAGUUGUAUUUCUUUUGGUGAGCUUAUGAGAAACAGAGGAGGCCCGUUUGGUGAAGUCUCUGGUCAAUCACUUGUAGCCGACUCAAAAACUUAG